GGAUGAAAUAGGUGCAGGGUAGACAAUGCAGGUGAGCCAGAUGGAACAUAGACCACUGCCCACGGCAAGAUGUCCUUCGAGGGAGCCAGGCUCAGCAUGAGGAGCCGCAGGAACGGGACCCUGGGCAGCACCCGGACCCUGUACUCCAGUGUGUCUCGGAGCACCGACGUGUCCUACAGUGACAGUGAUUUGGUGGAUUUUAUUCAGGCAAACUUUAAAAAACGAGAAUGUGUCUUCUUUACCAGAGACUCCAAGGCCAUGGAGAGCAUAUGCAAGUGUGGCUAUGCCCAGAGCCAGCACAUUGAAGGCACCCAGAUCAACCAAAAUGAGAAAUGGAACUACAAGAAACAUACCAAGGAGUUUCCGACAGACGCCUUUGGUGACAUUCAGUUUGAGUCUCUGGGGAAGAAAGGCAAGUAUAUCCGCUUAUCCUGUGACACGGACUCCGAAACCCUGUAUGAACUGCUGACCCAGCACUGGCACCUCAAAACACCCAACCUGGUCAUUUCGGUGACUGGUGGUGCCAAAAACUUCGCUUUGAAGCCACGCAUGCGCAAGAUCUUCAGCCGGCUGAUUUACAUCGCACAAUCUAAAGGAGCCUGGAUUCUCACAGGAGGCACUCAUUACGGUCUGAUGAAGUACAUAGGAGAAGUGGUGAGAGACAACACCAUCAGCAGGAAUUCAGAAGAGAACAUCGUGGCCAUUGGCAUAGCGGCAUGGGGCAUGGUCUCCAACAGGGACACCCUCAUCAGAAACUGCAAUGAUGAGGGCUAUUUCUCGGCUCAAUACAUCAUGGAUGACUUCAAGAGAGACCCUCUAUACAUCCUAGACAACAACCACACUCACUUGCUGUUGGUGGACAAUGGAUGUCACGGACACCCCACGGUGGAAGCCAAGCUGCGGAAUCAGCUGGAGAAGUACAUCUCUGAGCGGACCAGUCAAGAUUCCAACUAUGGUGGUAAGAUCCCCAUCGUGUGUUUUGCUCAAGGAGGUGGAAGAGAGACUUUGAAAGCCAUCAACACCUCCAUCAAAAGCAAGAUCCCCUGUGUGGUGGUGGAAGGCUCAGGGCAGAUUGCCGAUGUGAUUGCCAGCCUGGUGGAGGAGGAGGAUGUUCUGACCUCUUCCAUGGUCAAAGAGAAGCUGGUGCGAUUUUUACCACGCACUGUGUCCCGGCUGCCUGAAGAAGAGAUUGAGAGCUGGAUCAGAUGGCUCAAAGAAAUUCUUGAGUGUUCCCACCUACUCACAGUUAUUAAGAUGGAAGAGGCUGGAGACGAGAUUGUGAGCAAUGCCAUUUCCUAUGCGCUGUACAAAGCCUUCAGCACUAAUGAGCAAGAUAAGGACAAUUGGAAUGGGCAACUGAAACUUUUGCUGGAGUGGAACCAACUGGACCUUGCCAGUGAUGAGAUCUUCACCAAUGACCGCCGAUGGGAGUCGGCUGACCUUCAGGAAGUCAUGUUCACGGCCCUCAUAAAGGACAGGCCCAAGUUCGUCCGCCUCUUCCUGGAAAAUGGCCUGAACCUGAAGAAGUUUCUCACCAACGAUGUCCUCACGGAGCUCUUCUCCACCCACUUCAGUACCCUGGUGUACCGCAACCUGCAGAUCGCCAAGAACUCCUACAACGACGCACUCCUCACCUUUGUCUGGAAGCUGGUGGCAAACUUCCGUAGAAGCUUCUGGAAGGCAGAUAGAAGCAGCAGGGAGGACUUGGAUGUAGAACUCCAUGAUGCAUCUCUCACCACCCGGCACCCCCUGCAAGCUCUCUUCAUCUGGGCCAUCCUUCAGAACAAAAAGGAACUCUCCAAGGUCAUUUGGGAGCAGACCAAAGGCUGUACUCUGGCAGCCUUGGGGGCCAGCAAGCUUCUGAAGACCCUGGCUAAAGUCAAGAAUGAUAUCAACGCUGCCGGAGAAUCAGAGGAACUGGCCAAUGAGUAUGAGACCCGAGCAGUGGAGUUGUUCACUGAGUGUUACAGCAAUGACGAAGACUUGGCAGAGCAGCUACUGGUCUACUCCUGUGAAGCCUGGGGUGGGAGCAACUGUCUGGAGCUGGCGGUGGAGGCUACAGACCAGCAUUUCAUCGCUCAGCCUGGGGUCCAGAAUUUUCUUUCUAAGCAAUGGUAUGGAGAGAUUUCCCGAGACACAAAGAACUGGAAGAUCAUCCUGUGUCUAUUUGUCAUCCCCCUGGUGGGCUGUGGCCUUGUAUCAUUUAGGAAGAAGCCCAUUGACAAGCACAAGAAGCUGCUCUGGUACUACGUGGCCUUCUUCACGUCGCCCUUCGUGGUCUUCUCCUGGAACGUGGUCUUCUACAUCGCCUUCCUCCUGCUGUUUGCCUAUGUGCUGCUCAUGGACUUCCACUCGGUGCCGCACACCCCCGAGCUCAUCCUCUAUGCCCUGGUCUUCGUCCUCUUUUGUGAUGAAGUGAGGCAGUGGUACAUGAGUGGAGUGAAUUAUUUUACCGACCUGUGGAACGUUAUGGACACACUGGGCAUCUUCUACUUCAUAGCGGGUAUCGUUUUCCGGCUCCACUCUUCAAAUACCAGCUCUCUGUACUCCGGGCGAGUCAUUUUCUGUCUGGAUUACAUUAUAUUCAUCCUAAGGCUCAUCCACAUUUUCACUGUUAGCCGCAACUUAGGACCCAAGAUUAUAAUGCUACAGCGAAUGCUGAUCGACGUGUUCUUCUUCCUGUUUCUCUUUGCUGUGUGGAUGGUGGCCUUCGGUGUGGCCAGGCAGGGGAUCCUUAGGCAGAACGAACAGCGCUGGAGGUGGAUCUUCCGCUCUGUCAUCUAUGAGCCCUACCUAGCCAUGUUUGGCCAGGUGCCCAGUGACGUGGAUGGUACUACAUAUGACUUUUCCCACUGCACCUUUUCGGGCAAUGAGUCCAAGCCUCUGUGUGUGGAGCUGGAUGAGAACAACCUGCCCCGCUUCCCUGAGUGGAUCACCAUCCCUCUGGUGUGCAUCUACAUGCUCUCCACCAACAUCCUACUGGUCAACCUCCUGGUCGCCAUGUUUGGCUACACAGUGGGCACCGUGCAGGAGAACAACGAUCAGGUCUGGAAGUUCCAGAGGUACUUCCUGGUCCAGGAGUACUGCAACCGCCUCAACAUCCCCUUCCCCUUUGUCGUCUUUGCUUACUUCUACAUGGUGGUGAAGAAGGGCUUCAAAUGCUGCUGUAAGGAGAAGAACAUGGAGUCUUCCGCCUGCUGUUUCCGAAACGAGGACAACGAGACUUUGGCGUGGGAGGGCGUCAUGAAGGAGAAUUACCUUGUCAAGAUCAACACGAAAGCCAACGACAGCUCAGAGGAGAUGAGGCAUCGGUUUAGACAACUGGAUACAAAGCUUAAUGAUCUCAAAGGUCUUCUGAAAGAGAUUGCUAAUAAAAUCAAAUAAGGCGGGUGAACCCUCAUGGAGAGAAACCUGAUUACAGCAAGGUAAAAUCAGCCAUCUGGAUUGCAAGGCUCAUAGGACACUGAUGGACAGUACACUCUUGACUUCUGAAGGAGAGUUUUCAGGUUCCUAAGCACAGAGCCAAUGAUUCGUAGUCACCCUCAAGGGCAGAAGUCAGGGAGCAAAGGAUCUGGAGGACUUGGUCCAUGAAGAGGGCUGUAAAGGAUCCCAUGUUCCUCCACAAGGGUCCCUGCGCUUUCUGCAUCUUGGAGCCCUGUGCUGACGUUGAGUGUUCAAGUAUUUGCACACCUUCUUUGUCCCUUGGACUUGGCUGCCUUUGUCCUGUGCAUCUCCCGUGACAAUGAUCCUGACCCUCAUUUUAUACCUGUACUGUUAUUUCCUAUUUCACCCUUUUCUGCAUUGUGUGAUGAACUCAUUGACGUACUGUUAAAAAGUUCUACCCCUGCCCCCUGUCAGGCCAGAUUCUAAAACAUCCUAGGACAACUUCUUUCUCACAUGUCAAAGGAGGACCACCGAGGCAGUGCCUUUCUCUUGGGCUCCCAGGACUCCUGCUGAAGGGGGUCACCGUUCUUACCAGUGUGAAAAGUCACCCAAGAGGACCCUUGAGAGGCGUCCUCGCUCAUUUUGUUUUCUCUGGGUGUGCCCCUUCUCUGCUCCCAUUAUCCCCCAUUAAAAAGAGCAAAUGGAUAUGGCGGGGAAUUAGAUAGUGUAAAUGUACAUAAACAAUGCCCCGCCCCCUCAUGUUAUCAUUGCUCACACUUCUAUGUGUUUGCUCAAGUCUAGCUUUUUCUAUGUAUGAUAUGCUUCACUUUUAAAAAUCUUACAUAACGUCAUCAUCUUCAUAUAUGGCUUUGUAUAGCCCUUGGCACCAACUAUUUUAUCCAAGUUAUUUUCUUCACAGUCUUCACAAACAUUAUCAGUAAUUCAGUAGUAUACAAGCCUGUAGCAAUCUCCAUAAUGUAGGUCAUUGAUAGCUGACUCCACCUGGCCAUCAAAAUGAACAUCUUUGAGCAUGAGUUUUCUUUCUGCAUUAAAAGCAUCAAGAAACCUCUCUAGGAUACUAGAUUCUUUGGGAUAUCUCUUGAUUACCAAACCACUUACAAGACCUUUCUCAUCAGUGUAUAGAAAAAUAGGAAUUACUGACAUGGCAUAUGGCAUAAGAUAUGUGGAGCUCUCUUUAUUAAGACAUGGUAUUAGAUUUAGCCUUUCCAUUAGGAAGAAGCCAGUGUUCUUGUUUGGGCAUUGCAGAGUGUGCAGGCAUUGGUACAGACUUCCAGUGGUCAUCUCUGCAAGCACUCCAUUCCUUGAACGAGCAGCAUCUCUGCUCGGAGGAGAUGUGCUAGGGAAGCAGAAGGCACUUCAGCACUUGUAAUUAGCUUUCAGCUUUUUCAUCGACCGUACACUUAGCACUGAAGGAGGGACCCUCGGCGGGAGGCCGGUGAAUGAAUAUUUAGAAGAAUGACCAAAGCAUUAAGCCAGAUGUAUUUCUUUUCAUUUGGUCUGGCUGGCUAUUACACCCUGCACAAUGUUAGUUAGCGGAGACCAGAGGAAUAAAGAAUGCCUGUUACUUAGACCCACCCUGACCUCACAGGGCUCUCAUCAGAGUUUCCACGAAGCAGAGAGUAGAUGAGAUGAAUUUGCAUAAUGAAAAUGGCCAAUGGAUGGAAAGUUGAGCAUUUCUCUGUUAGCAAGAACAUUCCACUUCCAUUUCACCCUGAUGACCAAGGUGCUUGCCAUGGCUGAAACCACCAGGAGGAAGGGUCUGUCCUCUCCUUAGGGAUUUGCAAAAACUAAAAUCUAUGACAGCACACAGACUGUGUGGACAUUAAGUCCCAGGCCCCUUCCUUCAACUGAAGUAAGGAACCCGAAUAAAAGAAGUAAAUGAAAUUUAAAAUUCCCUGUAAGACCAAGUUAGUCUAGUCUGUCUGCCAGUCCACACUUAAUGAAUGUGUCCACGUGUUCAUAGUUCCACUCUGUGUCUCAACUGGCUUAAGAAAACAGUCUUUGCACACAUUAUGCUCCUGUUGACCCUAAAGAAUUAGACAAUGCUCAGAGUUUUCUCUAGUUCAGUGUGGAACUAUCAAGCUUUCCAAGUGCGAUCUCCACGUGCUCACUCUGCAGGAUGUGUGCUCAUAUGACAUUAUUUCUCCUGUAUCUCAUGAAA